AUUUACAUCAUUUACGAACUACAUCCGAGUGACGUCACGCAUGUAAACAUAUCCAAUUUGAAAGUUGUGCGCAAAACGUCACACUUUUUUUAAAACCAUGGCCAGCAAGGAUUCUGACGAUGACAUGCCUGCGGAGUUUGAAGAUGCUCUGUAUCGGAUUACAGCAAGGGAGAGCAUGGAACUGUUAGCCAUUCUAACAGACAUUGAAGAACUCAAGAACCAAAUGAUGAAAGUCAGAGCAGAUAGUAUUUAUGCUGAAAAAGAGAUAGAAGCUGUUCAGAAAGAUGCUAAUACAAAGGAACAGCAGCUGUCAGGCAAAGAAGAAAGGACCAGGGUCACAGUGGAAACUGAUGAGCUCCACAGUGCACUAGUGAACCACAGAAUAAUCCGUGAUGUAUUCCAAACUAGUGUGUUUAAUACCCAGAUACAACAGGCUGUACAUGCAAGUGUGAAAAAGAUGGACACUGAUGAGUUAGUUGAAAAUUUUCCUGAAAAAGGACAGAUGUUGGCACACUACAGUUCCAAUUUAAACACUAGUAAAGAUAUAGCCAAAAUCAUGAGUGAAAAUGACCAACUGGAGAAGGAAAUCUUGGAACAACGGUUAAAAUACCGCCAGCUUUUGAAAGGCAUCAAAGAAAAGUGGGAAACAUUAGAUGAGAAGAAGCUUGAUGCAAGUGCAAAUUUGCCAAGUCAAUAUGAUGAAUUGCAGAAAAAAGUUCAAGAGAGGACAUCAAAGAUGAAUAUACUUGUGCACAUGAUCCAAGGGUUGAUAAGCAGUAGUGGUUUCCAGUGGGGCAGUGAUGACUUUUAUGUUCAGGUGAUGAUGCUGUGUGAUAUAGCCCUCAGAUUUGGUGACUAUAGUGAGGCACAGAAAGUGCUUGCAGAUGUGGUUUCCCUAAAAGAAGCAAAGAAGAAACAAGAAAGCAAAAAGAAAAUAACCUCAUAUUUUACAAGCACUCCAGCUGCCAAAAAGAAGUGAUCUGAUAAUGCCACACUUAGGAACUCGUAUAUAAUUUGUGUUUGAAAAAUAAUUGAGCUUUAUAUUUCUUUUUAGUCCUUUCCACGGUUUUGAAUUUGAGUUUCUAUCAUGUUGCUCUGGCAUGUAAAUAUCAUUUAUUUUUUAAUAUGGCAAACAUCGCUGCAAGCUAAUAUUAGGUAAAUGUUCAAAAUGUAAACAUUUUUUAAUUAGUUAAUUAUAUAUUGUAUACAGAUCUGUACAAGAUUUUUUUUAUUGGA